CAUUGGGCAGACGCAGUACCAUAAUAAUUAUUUCUUUUCUUGUUUUGUGUACUUUGGCCUACCCACUCACACAUCUAAUUCCGUUCCUUAAAUGCCUUUUAUCGGUGGUCGAUGGGAGGUCAAGAUGACUUAUAAAUCUGAGUUCUGGUGAUACGAUGACACAAUAUUGAGACAACCUCUUACAAGUGAGACGAGCAGCAUGCGACACGAGCAGAUAUGACAAGGUAGCUCCAAUCUUAUGUGAAAAUGCCGGUAAUCUCGCCCCCGUCCUCGGCUCCGACCUGUCGUCGGUACCCCCUCCUUAUCAUCACCUGCUUGCUGGUCAACACCCCGCCAGCCCCUGGCCGGGCCACCUCCUACCGAGCACCUUACCCGGACAACCCGGUCCACCAGCCAUCGCUGCCACAGUACUACUACCCCAGCCCAGGCGCCGUCUGGGGCGAAGCGGUCGAGUCACCGGUCGGUAAACCGGACUCCGGCCGGCAAAAGAGAGAGUGGAUGUACAACGGCCGGCCGCAACCCCAUCAGGAAUCAGACAGAUCGUCGUUCAAUCCUCAAAAUGCCGCGGGAGAGACAAGUAACUCAAGUCCAUUCAUGUUCGGCAAAUGGACAAGUCGCAACUCGGUCAGCAAAAUCAAAGCCCAGGCCUACCUAGCGUCCCCUUACGACUACGACGCCGGACUACAGAACACCAUACGGCAAUACCAAGAUGGUGGACGAGGGUUCCGGGCCAUGCCUCCGUUCCAGCCGCCUCCUUCCUCCUCACACCUCCCCGAUCUGUCCCAUCCACACUUCUUCAACUACUCCUCACCUUUUGGUUCAAUCGGACAGCGUCCUUCUCGGGCCUCGGCCACCGGCGCUGAAGGCACUAACAAGAAGAUGAAGCGAGACUCAGACUCGGCUGACACAUCUCUCGGAGGCUACGACAGGGAAGGUGGGAAGGCUGGUCGCAAUUCAGUCAGCCGAACUGGUGACCAGGCAUACGCCGCUUCCGCCUACGGUGCCGCCAAGCAGAACCACGUGAAGCGAGUCGCAGAAACUGCUGACUUGUCUCUGGGAGGCUACAACCGGGGACGCCAGAGGGGUGGACGCGGUAAGAGAUACCACAGCCAGGGCCAGGUAUUCAACGCGAUGCCCCCCUUCCAGCCCCCACCCUCAAGCUCACUCCUACCGGACCUGUUCACCCCGCAGGUUUUCAACGACUCGUUUAGCAUUAUCGGACAGCGACCCACGCGGCCCUCGGCCACCCGUCCCCGCUUGCCCGGCGAUCGCGGACUCCACUCGGACAACCGAGGACCCCAGGGUCCGGGCCGAGAAGGCCAACAAGAACCGCACCGAGACAGCCAGGGACCCUUCGGUCAAGACCCCUACGGCCAACAGACUGGUCAAACUUCAGAUACUCCCCGCGACCUCCCUACGCAAGGCUCCGAAGACCCCAACGCUCAACAAGAACAGAUCCAUCCGCGGGACGUAGUGGUCAAGAUUGACACCCCUCGCUUGCAGCUGACCUACCGAGCUAUCGCCCCACCCUACUUCACCUUCGAAGGUCUACUCUCUCAGAUGGCCACUUACCUUACACCGGGGUUCUGCGUGGAUUUGGCGGUGACGCAGCGGGAUGAGCACUGCGACAUUAUCAGUCACAUGGCGGCGCUCCAAACGGACCGUCAACAAACCUGGCUGAUCGAGAUCGUGGAUACUGGUGGCAAGAUAAUCUGGAUGAACCAGUGCAUGCCCGACGCCAGGCUCUUCAUAGUGCCGGGCUUGAGGAUCUACUUCAAGUUCGGUACCCACAGCCUCUUCCCCGGGUCAGCCUUUGCGGUCUCGACCCCAGGUGCGACCCCGGUAGGCACGCAGGAGAGCGUCCAGACAGGCCUACCCGCCUCGGACAGCGGCUGGGUGCCGCACGGGUCGCCGCUAGCGCCACAGAGACGGACAUCGGAAAACUCCUGAGAUUUCCUCAAGAUAAAUCAUCGACAAAAUUAACUAACGCUUUGUUGGACAUUUUAUCUUCAUAGAGUACAUCCUGGUAAUUUACAAUAAUUGUGUUAUUCAGGUCAUUUAUAGUCUGGCCUGUAGGAUGAACAAAAGAUAUGACAUGCACAAUUCAACAUUGGGUUAUGAAACAGGAGUUAUAGGCCUAUACAUUAUUUAUUGUACUGGCUGUAUGCUCGAUUAUUUACCUAUGUAGCCCUCGCCAAGUGCGCUGUUGGUUAAAAUUAUCUCAAAAUAAGGCGGCUAUAUAACACUCACGUUACAUGUAUUAGUUGGCUGUAUAUAUUUGACAUUUCGGAACGACAACGAUGAUUUCGAUGAGAAAAAAAUUAAAUAUUUUAUGACACAAGAUGACUUGAUAAUUAUGAAAAAAAUAAGGCAUAAACACGGCCUUAAAGGAGUGAUAACGGAUAACGGUUUCUUGUUGAUGAUUGUGAUAACGGAUAACGGUUUCUUGUUGAUGAUUUUGGACACCGAUGGUUGUUGGUAGUUCGUUUCUGCGAUAUACGUGAUUGAUUUAGUUGAUGUGUUUGUGGUCAUUCCAAUUA